ACCAACGCCAGCAUUACUUAUUUAUUUAUAAUUUUUAAGUGAAUGUGGGAGCAGUACUAAUUCAAUAACAAAACAUGGAAAUGAAUUCUAUUAGUCGAAGCAUAUAUAAAUCUCUGCAACCCCUUCUUGAGAGCUUCAAUUACCAACAAUGGAGAUGGACCAGAUUCAGCACAAGUAUGUAGAUGUAAGAGGACUCAAGCUUCAUGUGGCAGAGAUUGGAUCAGGUCCGGUCGUGGUCUUCUUGCAUGGAUUUCCAGAGAUCUGGUAUUCGUGGAGAUACCAGAUGAUUGCAGUUGCAAAUGCCGGAUACCGGGCAAUCGCGCCGGACUUAAGAGGCUAUGGUCUGUCCGAACAGCCGCCCGAACCAGAGAAAGCAUCCUUUGAUGACCUCACAGCCGAUCUCCUUGCUAUGAUUGAUUGCCUUGGCAUUCCUAAGGUUUUUCUUGUUGGGAAGGAUUUUGGAGUCCAACCGGUUUACACGUUUGCCAUCCUUCAUCCGGAAAGGGUGUCCGGAAUCGUAACAAUAGGUGUGCCUUUCAUUGCCCCUGGAGUGCUCCGUCAUGAUCUUAUCCCAAAAGGCUUCUACAUGAGGAGGUGGCGGGAGCCUGGAAGAGCCGAAGCUGAUUUUGGCCGCUUCGAUGUCAAGACAGUACUGCGAUACAUCUACAUUCUCUUCUCUGGAAGUGAACUUCAAGUAGCUGGGGACAAUCAGGAGAUUUUGGACCUGGUUGAUCCAUCCACUCCCUUACCACCCUGGUUCACAGAAGAUGAUCUCAAGGCUUACACAAGUUUAUAUGAGAAGUCCGGACUCCAUUUCCCAUUGCAAAUUCCAUACAGAUCAUGGGUGGAGGUACCAAGUGCAGGUGCACGCAUAGAGGUUCCGACUCUAGUGAUCAUGGGUGGGAAGGAUUACUUUCUAAAAUUCCCAGGAAUAGAAGACUACUUUGAGAGCGGAAAGGUGAAGGACCAUGUCUCAGAUUUGGAAAUCACAUUCCUGCCUGAAGGGACUCAUUUUGUUCAAGAACAGUUACCAGACCAGGUGAACCCGCUCAUCGUCGCCUUCCUUAAUAAACGUACCUGAUCAAGCACUUUGCCAAGGCCAGGUGAUCCUAGGAACGUGUCUUUGAAUAAAUACUUCAAAUGUGUGGCGGUGUUCAGAUCGUCAUUCGAUCGGAGUUCAGCUUAUGUUACAAGUAUGUUUUAGAUCGUCCACUUCAUAUACGGUUUGGACAUUUUAUGGGUACUUUUUAAUUGAAACAUAGAAAUUACUGGGAAUGAUAA